UUGAUAAACAAACUUUGGUUGUGGUUGUGGUAUAGUGGGCGUUGCCACACUUUGUGUUGAUAAUUCAUUGAUUUUAUAACUGAUAAACCUUACUUUGUGUGUGACAUGCUUUGAGAUAACAAUGUGGGUCUUUUGUGAUAAAAAUUCACUAUUGUUGUCGAUAAUGAAUCACACGGUUUUGUGAAAAAAUAACUUCUACAUAUUCAUCAAUUUUACAAUGAAAUAUUAAGUUUAUAAGUUUAAAACUAUCUUUUAUUUAUACGAAAAGUUAUUUGAAAUCAGUUAUAAUUCAUCAGAUUUUAAAAUUUCGGGUCUUAAUCGUUACUCAAUGUUUAUGCAUUUAUGUGGCUUCCUGUACAUCAAAGAUCUGAUUCACGUAUGAAAAAUGUUGAAAAACGCUUUUAUAAUUUUAUUUUUGUGUUUCGACAUCAAUUGCCAAUCAAACAAAGAUCUAUACACUGGCCAAUAUAAUACAAGGCCUGAUGGCUCUGAAUCAAGACUUCCAAAACCUGGUGACAAUAAUUAUAGAACAUAUUUGUACAACAAUAGAAGAUAUGGUGCGGACCCAAGUCGAUACAACCCAUACAAUCCAAACAUCAAUCAGCCAGGUGGAUUUCCAUACAAUCCAUUGAACACCAAUCCAUUAGAUGAUCAGUUUAAGUACAACACGAAUGUAGACCCAAAUAAUCCGGAUGCCUUAUUCCCUGGUGUUCUGGGAGGCUGGAGGGAGGACUUACAGGGGAGGGAGAGGAGAGACUCCAGACAACUGAAGAGAGACAUCUUUGUUAACACUAAUUAUGGACAGGUUCAAGGAUUUAAGGUAUAUUUGUAUGAUAAUCCUGACCCCAACUCUGGUUACCGACCAUGGUUGACACCUGUGGAGAGGAUACAGGGAGAAGUGUCAGUAUUUCUGGGUAUACCUUAUGCUAGACCUCCUGUCUUGGAAGGUAGAUUUAAGCCGCCGCGCCAGCACCCCGGCUGGCAGCUGCUACAGGCGGUGGACUGGGGCCCGGCGUGCCCGCAGCCAGUGAGGCACACCGGCGCUACCAAAGGCAUCCGAGAUAUGGAUGAAGACUGUCUAUAUCUCAAUAUAUUUUCACCAAAUACAGAAGCAGGAGCAACCGCUCAGAAAUACCCAGUAAUGGUAUACAUCCAUGGUGGUCAGUUCUCAUCAGGCGCCUCUAACUUGUUCCCCGCGCACAUGCUGGCGGGAUUCUACAAUGUUGUUGUUGUCUCGCUCAACUACAGGCUCGGCGCGCUAGGUUUCCUGUCCACGGGUGAUGAGAACUCCCCUGGGAACUACGGAAUGCUGGACCAGGUGAUGGCGCUGCGCUGGGUGAGGGAUAACAUCGAGCCGUUCAAUGGAGACCAGCAUUCCAUCACUGUGUUCGGAGCUGGCGCGGGCGCGGCCGCCGCUGGACUGCUGGCACUCGCGCCGCAGACUAGCAACAUCGUCUCUAGAGUUAUUGCACAGAGCGGGUCUGCGCUGGCGGACUGGGCGCUGAUCGAGGACAAGUUCCGGGUGCAGAACACCUCGCUGGUGUUCGGGCGGCUGCUGGGCUGCCCCACUGACUCCUCCUGGAAGCUGGUCAACUGCCUCCGCCAGGGCAGGAGCUUCUAUGAGCUGGGGAAUGCCGAAUUUCAGCCUCAAGUAGGCUUCAUCCCUUGGGGUCCAGUCCUGGAAAACAACUUCACGUACCCUGGAGACGAGUGGUACGAGGGCUGGCGCGCGCGCGACUGGACCUUCCUGCAGACCAAGCCUGAGGACCUGAUCGCCGCCAGGACCUUCAACCCUGCACUUAGAUACAUGACUGGGGUCACCACGCAGGAAGCCGCUUAUGUCCUAUACAACAACGAGAGCUUAGCACCAGGGUACGAGAUCAGCGAGCAGUGGUUCGACCAGAAGGUGCGGGAGCUGGUGCUGCGGUACAACUACACGCUGAACCCGCGCGGGGUGUACGACGCACUGCGCUACAUGUACACUUACCAUCCUGACCCUCAUAACACUGAUGCUAUACGAGAUCAGUAUGUUCAAUUACUCUCGGAUUUCCUGUACCGCGCGCCGACCGACAAGCUGGUGAAGCUGGUGCUGGAGCAGCAGGUGCCGGUGUACAUGUACGUGCUGAACACCACCGUGGAGAGCUACCGCGCGGCGCCGUGGCGGCAGUACGCGCACGGCACGGAGCACCCCUUCCUCGCCGGAGCGCCCUUCAUGGACCAGGAGUUCUUCCCGCGCCGCCUGCGGGUGGAGCGCCAGGCCUGGACGCCCAAUGAUAGGAAUAUGAGCCACUUCUUCAUGAAGGCGUACUCGGACUUCGCUAGAUUUGGGAACCCUACGCGUUCCCGUAUCCUGGGCGUGCACUUCGAGGUGGCGCAGGCCGGCCAGCUGCGCUACCUCAACCUCAACACCACCUUCAACUCCUCCAUACAACUCAACUACCGCCAGACGGAGCUCGCCUUCUGGACCGUCUACCUGCCCACUGUCAUAGGGCGGAUGGUGCCUACCUAUCCACCUAUCACUGAGUACUGGUGGGAGCCGCGCCAGCCGCUGCAGAUCGCCUUCUGGUCGGUGGCGGCGGCCUGCCUGCUGCAGCUCGUGCUGCUCGUGCUCUGCUGCAUGCUCUGGCGCAACGCCAAGAGGGAAAGUGAUCGAUUAUACGAGGGUGAUAUCUUCAUGGUGCCGGAGCUGGGCGAUGGCGGCAUAGAGAACGCCAGCGCGCGCUCGCGGGACAACGUGUACGAGUACCGCGACGUGCCCGUCAAGAGGCCGCACACGCCGCACACGCCGCAGACACUCACACGCACGAUAAGUCAACCGAUUACAUUACAAUCAUCGCGUCCACCAUCGGAGGCUUCAACAGGGUCUGCGUUAUCUCUGAAGGAGGGCGUGGUGUCGCGCGACCCCGCCCCGCGCCCCGCGCUGCCCGCCCCCGCGCCCCGCGCGCGCUCUCGCACGCAUCUGGUGCACGGCGUGCCGCAGACCACGGUGUGACCAUUUUAUACCUUAAUGUCUAACCAAUAAGGUAUUAUUUACACUGACACGUACUAUGUGACAGUUGUAUGGACUGUGUUGUCGAUUGAACCUUAUUUGUUUAUGCGUAAAGUUAAAAAUGAUUUUGUAUUUUAUCUGCAUAUGAAUAAGGUUGUUGUAAAGAAGGAAACUGCCAUUUUUUAUGAAUUAAAAAUGUUUUAAAAAUAUUUGAUUUCAUAUAUGUUUACUGUGCGGUAAAUGUAGAGGAUGUUUCAAAUUUCUUACUAGAUACUUUUUUUAGUGUAUUAGGUGCUGUCUAAUUAUAACGAUUUUAGGAUUUAUCGCAUUGUAAAACUUUAUUUCCAUUAUUUAUAUUAAGCACGAACAACUACGUUAUAAUUAAGGUUACAAAGUCUAU